AUGGAAGUGAAGCCUAUGUCUGCCAUUUCAAGUAUCGCUCUGUUUAAAAACUUCGAUGUUAGGGAUGUUCGUUCACUUGAAGAGAUUGUGGUUUCUCUAGAUAAGGAUAAGGCCAUUUCACUUGAUUUUGCUCCAUCUCCUGCAUUUAAACAUGUUUUUGCUUAUGCACUUUUAUCUUUGAAGUUGCUGAAUCACUUGCUAUAUGGAACCAGACCUUAUUUGCCAUUAUUUUGGGCCACCUGCAGUAGGCGAGGCGCUAGGGUGAGGCGUUUUAUGCCUUAUGAGGCGAGGCGUAAGCCUCAAAGCGUUGAGGCGAACCAGUGUUUUCAAAGGCAUGCCUUCGCGCGCGUCGGAGCGCGCGUCGGCGCGAGGCGGGAGGAAAACGCCCGAGGCGUCCGGCUGUUUCGCGAUCUGCACGUUUAG